UUUUGGCGCGAGUGCUCUGUAAAAGAAUGCGUUUGCGCAGGUCUGGCAUGUCGUUUGCGAGGAUCCGUGUGAACAGGGAUAGUUUUGAUAACUUUGUCAUCUGUACAAAGAAAAAACUUUUCCGUUUUUACUACAUCAUUGCCGAUGUACCCUUAAAAAUAAAGGUUCUUUAUUUGAUGCCCCGUUUACACUAGUCUGUUUUCAUUUUAAAAUGCAUAACUUUUGCUACGGUUACGCCUGUCGUUUACACUACGCUACCAUUUUCGAACCUCGAAAACGGAGACUUUCGAAAACGCUGCAGACUCCGUUUUAGUUUGAAAACGGCGGGGUUGCGUUUCAGUAUAAACAGACCAAAACGGAGACUUUUGAAAACGAUGGUGUGGCUGCCCACGUUUGCUCUGCGUAUCCUUGAGAACCGUGUAAACAAUAACAUGGAGACUGAACUGCAAUCUUUGCUGGCUUUGUUGUCAUUUUUAGCAGCCAUGGUGCAGUUAAACUGCAUUUUUUUAAUACUGCAGCUGCCCGUAUGCGCAAGAGACAACUGUUUAUACGUGUACGCGCAUGCCCAGUGUGCAUGAACGGUCAUGUGACAUGCGUUUUCAGCCAUGUAGUGUAGACAGAGAUUGUUACUGAAACCUUUUGGAACCUUUAUUUUUAAGAGUGUAACAAACAAACAACUUUUUAAACCAAAAACUAAAAAGGUCGUUCAAUAUAAAUAGUAUUCACCGAAAAUAACACUGGAUUUGUUGACAAUUCACUAACAACAACCUCUACAAUCUACAGAACCCAGUUCAUUUCUUUAGAGGAUUGUUUUCAGGAAAUGUUCCAGGAUUUCUCCAUUUGUCCUCAUCAUUCUCCUGUGGGAACAUGAUGUGAUAUACGCACACACAAUCUUUGAAACAUGCACCUGUUUGAGCAUGUACAAAUACACACAGACAAACACACACCCUUCGCUGUCACCUCUCCCAGAUAUUUGCAUUUAUAUUUCAUUAUCUUUACAGCUAUCAUAAAAUAAUCUAAUCUCCACAUUAUCAACUGAUUUUGAUCAAUCACAGCUGAAUUGUAUUAUAACUGCAAGAUAAAUCUCCCAUAAGUGUAGGUAUUGCAGGUGUGUCCUGUGAUAGUAUUCAGAUGGUGUGUGUAAUAAAUAUCUUCUAAAAAAUAUAUGUGAAUUUGUGACAAGAAAUUUGGUAAUUUAUAGUUUAAAUCCCACAUAAAAUACUCAAUACAGUGAGAGUAUAUUAUAGUGAUCUAAAAAUAAAUUAUUUGGUGGUUAAUUGUGCUACUAUAAGUACUCUAUUCCUGCUCUCCCAGUUUUUCCCUUUGACUUUGGAAGCUUGUAUUAACCAUGUAAACCACAAGUUGUAAAAUACAGUCCAGUUCUCUUAAAAGGAUUGAUGAUAUAACCUUGUGUUGUUGAACGCCUUUUCUGGCAUGAUUUAUAAUAUGUGGGAUUUCACCUUUAUAUACUUGGUAUUUGAACACACACUCACACUGCCAUGUGUCUAACUCAACACAAAUGUGUGACUAAACUUGGUAUGCAGAGUUCAUGUGUUUGACGUUUAACACGAACAGGUGGUGGAGAGAGAGUGAGAGAGCAUAUUUAGAGAAAGAGGUGAGAUGUCAAACCCCUUUUUCAGAUCAUGAAAUCAAAGUCCAAGUCUCAAACACACAAAACACAGGUCACAAAUCCAAAUUCUGUUACUGCUUGCAUGCUACAAGUACCAAAGUGUCUUGUUGGCAUGUCUGUUAGAUUCUAGUCAGGAGCAUUCAUGUAGUCGUCAAUAAUCAAAAUAAUAUUUUGCUGAGUCAUGUGUUCAGCAUGGGGGGGCUUCUAAUUGUUAAUAACUAUUUUAAUGAAAAACAAAAACAUUAAACAAAAUCCAAUGUGCGCCUCAGUCAAUGAUUUUCAACGUUUUAAAAGAUCUGUCGUGUCGAGGUUCGUUACGUGUGUCAUAAAUGUCGUGUGGCGAACAGCACACUUAGCUAAAUCGUCUAAUAUCUUGUUUUAAACAAAACGAAAUGUUUUUGUUAUGUAUUUAUGAAGUGUAAAUCUAUAAUAAAGUGAUAUAAAAAAGAUAGUACUUACUGUGCGAUACUGAAUGGAAAUCGCUCGCGCGGCGUACUGUUGCUAUGGUUACCCCGGCAGACGAAGCGGGAAAAAAAUACAAAAAUUAUCACUGGCGCGGUAUUCUUUCAAAAAAAUCAUCUUUGUACCUUAUUUAGCCCUAAAGAGUGCCUAUUAGCACCUGAAGUGUACGAAUUAUUACCUAAAUUGUACUUAUUAGUAUCUUUUGAAAUGGAGUGACGACUUUUAUUCCUAGUGUAUUUAUGCGCAAUUUAAUAACAUUUCAUUAUUCAAAUUAAUUAUCUAACGUUCUGCUAAAUAUUUCAUUAUUGUCCAUCCAACAUUAAAACGCAUUAUGUAGGUUUAAUUGAAGCAAACAAGUAUGCGAUAUGUCAGCAUCAUAGAAAAAUAAGUAAAUAAAUUUUAUAAAAUGGAUAGUUCCGGUCUUUGAUUCUGAUUGGUUGAGCCGCGUUCGAAGCCGUUGUACUGUGACCUCAUUACAUCAGUAUUACUGCGCCACUGCGUCUAAAUGUUAAAAUAAAUGUUUUUAUUGACUAACCUUUUUUUUUUUAAAGCAAUAGGCUAGCCCCGUGAAGCCGCGUCGUGCUUAACAUUUACAUUUAAUAAUUUAGCUUUUUAUCCAAAGCGACUUACAAAAUAUGUAAGUGCUGUGACUAGUCCCAGCUAGUCUAGCCAAAGACUAUAAAAUAACACAAGACGUGUCACUCGUAUUGUUUUGAAUGGGAGAAUGUGCAACGCGCAAUAUGGCGGAAUAAGUCCCGCCUUCUAAAUAAGAGCCAAUCGCCGAUUGGUAAAGUCCAGAGCCGUUAAAUAUAACGGCUCUGGUAAAGUCAUCGCGUAACUGCAGCGGCCGAAACAGGACUGCGCAUGCGCACUAGCUUGACCUAGCCUGAAAAAAUGCCUUUUUUUUUCAUGAUUCAAGCGUUCAGAAACAAAAUUUAUGAGACAGUUGUUGUCAGAUUUCAUUGGUAAUUUCAAAUAUUAAAUUUAAUCGAAAGCUUGGCAAACAGCUUUAGAGAAUUUGAUGUUUCCCCAUUCAAAGAGAUAGGAGCUACACUUGCAUGCCCGAGAGGCGUUUCAAAGAUGGCCGCCGAGUGAAAUGACUUGUCUUAAAGGGGCUUUGGUCACAGUACAUGUGAGAAGGAUUUUUGUAAAUAAAAAAGAAAUAGAUAUACAAAAUUGAACUGUAGCCUAAGUGUUAGUAUGAAUGGGUCAAGUGUCUAACAACGCCUCUUAGCUCCUCCAUCCAUGCCCCGCUACCGUCUAACACACACUGCCCUCUAAUGGACACGUUUAUGCAACACUUUUACAGCUGCACACACACACACACACACACACACAGCCAAACGCAAACAUAGACACAAAGCUGGACUGCUGUGUUAACAGUAACCAUGGUAAUACAGCCGUACUGAGAGACCUAAGACAAAGUAAAAAGUCUCGAGAAGUUGAAUUAUAUCUUAAACCACGUAAGGAAGGCAACAAAUAAAGGGUGUGAAAUAAUAAGGCAGAAAAUAGGGAGUGAGAGAAAAAAAUACAUCAUGUGAUGUAGGAAUAGCUGUUGGGCUUUUAUUGAAUUCAUCAGAAUUUCUUUCUUUCAUUGCAUCUGUACCAAAUUCACCACUGAAAUAUUCACAAAAACAGAUGCUGCGAUCAACAUUCACUAUAAACAUAACUACUCUUUUAUGUCUUAAUCUCAUUCAAAAAAGUUCAAAAUAAAGGUGCCUGUAAUGCCAAUAAAAUAUAAAUAGGCCUAUAUUAAAACUAUAAUUUGUUAAAUAUACAUUUAAUACAAUAAUAAAUAUAUUUUCUUUUAUAAAAUGCCUAUUUUAUUUAUUUUAAAAUUAGUUUUUUUUUUUUUAAAUAAUAAUUGUGUGAGUGUUCAGGUUUUGCUAUUUUUACUGAGAUUCAAAUGUGUGUGUGUGUGUGUGUGUGUGUGUGUUCCAGCUCUCUGUGGGUUACCGGGGAGACGCGCUUGCAGCAGGAUGCGGAGUAUCCGGUAACGCGCUCGUAGCUUUUCCAAAAGAUGCGGUUUCUCGAUAUCCCCAUGUUACCUCAUGUCUGAUUGAAAACUGUCUGUGUGCGCACUGUCCGAUUCACUGUCCUGUAAAUUCAGCGCUGUUUUAAACUUUCACGAUUCCUCAAGGGCUUGUUUAGAGGUGCGCGUUGAUUUCAUAAUGAUUAUAGACUUUUUUACUCUUUUGUGAAGCCGCCGGACAUCUCUGGGACAGUAUGGCCAGUGAAUCAGACUCACGGGUUUAUACUGAUGAUACUGCGAGCAGUGGAACGGAAUGACACCGGUGUGGAACCAGCGACCGGGGCGAGAGCCACCGAGACCCAGAUGGGGACUGACAGAUCAAAGGAUUAAACUGCCAAAAUGCCCAAAUGCUGCCCCUCGGCAACCUCUUCCCUCUUACCUGCACAGAUCAAGACCCCGAAGGCCGCCCACAGACUUCGGGCCUUCAGAAAGCCCUGUGUGUCAUUGGGAGGAAGCAGGAGUUCCCAAGGCGAGUGGCUACCAUGCCAGGCACGCAGAAUCAAGCCCAGUGCGCCCACGAAUCGUGACCGUGGUACGACCGUGUGGAAAGGACAGCGUGCGGAAGAUCUCGCUGCUCUUAAACCGUCGUGCAGUGCAGACGUUCGAGCAGCUCAUGGCAGAUGUGUCUGAAGCACUUGGCUUCCCCUGCUGGAACAAUGCUCGAAUACGACGCCUCUUUAGCCCUUCUGGCCGGGAGAUCCACAGCCUUGCUGACUUCUUCCGCUUUGAUCACGCCUUCAUGGCCUUUGGAAACAGCCGACCAUCGCUUGACGAUGUAAGUGCAGCACUGGAUGAGCUGUAUCCGGAAAACCCCGGACACUGCGAACACCUGCUGAGGGUAUGGGAGCGUAUCCUGAGGCCCAAGGCCACUAAGGCGGAUAGUGGUUUCCAUGAUGAUGAUCCAGGAGCUGAGGUGUCCUUACCUGCGGUACAUGAUCAACAGGUAAACCAACCACCUGUCAACAACCUGCAGCCUGUUGGAAGGCAAAAAGAAAAGGUGAGGAGAGAAAGGCAAAGAGAACUGUGGAGGAGGAAAGCUGACCUGCAGAAAGAAGAUGAGAAGGAGGCGAAGAAGGAGGAAAGAAAGAGAGACGCCGUUUACUGCCGGAGCUGCCGAGGAUGCGGUCCUCCUAUACCUCCAAUCAGAAGCAGUCGAUGUUCGGACAAGCCAAAUAACCCCAGUAAUAAAAGUACUUCUUCUCAAAACAACAUGGUUUCUUUGGAAAAAGCACACUGUAGACCGCUGAAAGCCAAUACAAAAUCUAGCUCAUCUGUUCCUCAAAACGCUCUUAAUUUAGAGACGAUAACUGAGCGGGACAUUAAUAAGCAGGAAACAGUGGAGCAGAAAGACUUGCAGGGUAACGUACCACCUGAUGGUGCAGAGCUAUCGCUGGAGGACAUCGAGCGCUGCUACGACAUGGGCCGCGUGGUAGGCGAUGGGAACUUUGCGGUGGUCAGGGAGUGCCGUGUGAGAGGCCUGGCUGAAACCUUCGCCAUGAAGAUUGUGGACAACGCAAAGCUGCAGGGACGCGGUCACAUGAUCCAGAAUGAGAUCACUCUACUGCGUAGUCUGGAACAUCCUCGGCUCAUCCAGCUGUUUCGUUCUCAUCACACGGACACACAUGUUUACUUGCUGAUGGAGCUGGUCACCGGUGGAGACCUGUUUGAUGCUAUCACUCAGAGCGGCAGGUUUACUGAGCCAAGUGCUGCAUGCAUGAUCACAGACAUCAGUCAGGCUCUGGAAUACAUCCACAACAAGAGCAUUGCACACCGUGACAUCAAACCUGAAAACCUACUGGUACAGCGGCAUGGCAAUGGAAGUUUGAAUCUGAAGUUGGCGGAUUUUGGAUUAGCCAUGGUGGUAACGGAGCCAGUGUUCACAGUUUGUGGCACACCUACAUAUGUUGCUCCAGAGAUACUUGCUGAGACAGGUUACGGUGUUGGAGUGGACGUUUGGGCGAUGGGUGUUAUACUGUUUGUGCUGCUCAGUGGGUUUCCUCCGUUCCGCAGUCCAGAUCGUAAUCAAGAGGAGCUAUUCCGUCUCAUCCAGAAGGGAGAAGUCCACUUUCUGUCCCCUUACUGGGAUAAUGUGUCCGAGGGGGCUAAAGCUCUAGUCAGGGCUCUGCUGGAGGUCAACCCAAAAAGGCGUUUGACAGCUAGUCAAACCUUGCAGCAUGACUGGCUUCAACAUACAACAGCACAAAAAGACCAUAAGGGGGCGACAAAGUCCACAGCUGAGAGGCACAGCCAGCAGAAACUAAGCAGACAGUUGGAGAUUAAUAAGAGAGAUUCUCACAAACCAGAGAUGCUGGCAGAGAAAUUUCAUGCAGCACAAAUUCACGAGAACAUACUGAACAAUAACUAUGAACCAGAUGUUAACGCACAUGGCAGAGACCAGCAGUUUGAAGAGAUUCAUAACAUGAUGAGCAACCAACAAACUUUAUCCCAUGGUGAAGACACCACAACAAAUAAGCAAAAUACCACAGAUCAGUAUGUACCUGAGAAACCAGCACAGCAAGAAGACACGGACACAAAACAAGAGUUACCUGCUGAGUAAUGAGUUAGUAGAGGAUGAAGAAGCCACCAUAAACAAGUGACUAGAAGAAACCAAUGAUAUAUGACAAGACCAAAAGAGUCAGGACAACACAAGCCAUGUGAAGAGGGACAGUACAACUGACUGAGACAAAACUGAACACUAUGAUACAAUGUAGAACCUACAUCUCUCAAACCUACACAUAUACUCUAAGCACUGAUACUGACUGAAAGUUCACUGUUUUUGACCUGAUUUUGCACUGAUUUUAACAUUUCUGCACUCAUUUUUGAUGGUUAAAUGAGUGCACUGUUCUUGCUAGCUUAAGGUAUAAUCAGUAUUUAAUAAACAAAUACGAAUUCAAUGUAAAUUCCGUGCGAGCCUACAGGUCACUAAUGAAAUGACCCAGGACAUUGAAAGAUCUAUUAUUAUUAUUAUGAGAUUAUUUACUGACUAGAGGAAGAAGGGCCAUUUAUGUUGUAUUAUAUAAUGUUGUUUUUGUAGCCUUUAAUUAUAUAUUUUCUUCUUUAUCUGUGUUUAAAAAGAAAGACUGCAAAAAAACACAUUGGUAACACUUUAUUUUAAGGUGACGUAGUUCUAUAGUAAUAACAGGAACUAACCCUAACCGUACAUGUAGUUACUUAAAGGUGACCUAUAAUGCCCUUUUUACAAGAUGUAAUAUAAGUCUCUGGUGUCUCCAGAAUGUGUCUGUGAAGUUUCAGCUCAAAAUACCCCACAGAUCAUUUAUUAUAGCUUGUCAAAUUUGCCCCUAUUUGGGUGUGAGCAAAAACACACUGUUUUUGUGUGUGUCCCUUUAAAUGCAAAUGAGCUGCUGUCCCGGCCUGCUUUCCAGAAGAGGGCAGAGCUUUAACAGCUCACGCUUCGGUUGAUCAACAACAACAAAGCUGGAGAAUCUCACGCAGCCAAAAUGAGGAUUGCCAGUAAUGGUGUUCAGCCUUACAUUGUUCAAACUGAUGGAGAGACUCAGGAAGAAGUUACAACUUUUAGAAUGAAACUGGACGUUUCUGAACGGUUAGUGGAUAAAUUUAUGUAGUUGCUGUGGAGCUGAUUCAACUCAUCGACUAGCAUGUGCCGUCAUGUUAAUCUUUUGUGCAAAUCCAGCAUUGAAUUGAGCCUUGUUUGUGAAGCAGUCCAGCGUAAAAAGACGGCAUUAUAACAACACUCUACUACAACAACUCUUCCUCUUCUCUAAAGCAGCCCAACAUGGCCUCACCCCCUUUGUUGCGUGUUCUCGGGGGUGGGGUUUAUGUAAAUUUUAGGGUUAGUGAUGUCACUGACCCGGGAAGAAGCUUGUUGUAGUCCCUACCAGCUGUUUGCUGUAGUCCUUAAACAGAAAAUAUCUCCCUUUGCAUUGAGCUUUGAGCGUCGUAACUUUGCAGAUGUUGUUUAUUCUCAAACAGCAACAUUACACACUAACUAAAGUUAAAAAAGUGAAAUCAUAUUCAACCACCCCUUUAAUAUUACUCAGUAGUACUUAUUUGAGUAAGUAAAAUCUAACUGUCACCUUAAAAUAAAGUGUUACCGAAACAUUUCAAUAAGGAAGGACUAGUUUUGUUUUUUAAGAAGCAUCAAAAAUGAAUCGGUCAAGCUCGGCCUCUAUAACUUGAGUGCCAAUGUGUGUGGGAAUGUUAGCUAGCUAGCAGUAAGCUAAAAGUAUUUAGUAUUAUUUGUCUUCCUGAGUUUCAUUUCAUAGCACAUCUUUAUAUUUGUUUUAGUCUUUUUCAGCCUUUUUUGUUAAAGUUAUUUAGCCUCUUUGAAACAUUAUAAGUACUGUGUAAAUGUUUUAGACUGUAAGAUAACACAAUUAAACUUUAUUAGCUGUUCGGAUAUGCGUUUCUAUAAUUUGGUGAGUAAAAUAAUGUUUUUAUGAUGAUACAAUGUCUUAAUCUUUGUUCCAUUCACAUUUUAAUUACAAAAUUACACACUUUUAUAACACAUAUAAGGCAUUUAAAGUAUCACCAAAACAAGAACAGUUUGAGUUAUUGGUAACUCCAAAUUUUAAAGACUAAUGCAUACAAAUAAUUAUAUUUUGGUUGACGGAAGCAUAUAUGCUGAAGUAUCUCUCAUCAAUAAAUACAUUUUCAUCAUCGUUAUGGUAAAAGCAAAAACAAAAAUAUCUGAAAUACCAAGCGGUUCAGAGGUAAUAAUUAAUGAAGAAA